AAUAAAGAAAGUUUCGCAAUGCUUGAGUGAAAAAUUGAAAAUAGUGCGUGAAAAAGUGUAAAUUAAUAUAAAUAGUUUUAUAUAAGAGUUAUUAAGCUCUUGCCGCAAGGGACUAACCUAAUUUCUAGCCAACAGAAACGGAUUUCAAUAAAGAAAUUUAUUGUAAUAGUAUCAGCAAAUUUCGGUGCGGAAGUAGCUGUAGAAAGUGCGACAUUAAAAGUGAAAAGCGUUGAAUAGGCUAAAUAAGCUAAGGAAGAGUAAAUUUUAAAAUAAGCCAUGUGUUGAAGGAAAAUAUAACUAUUAUUUACGAAUCGUGUGAAAGUUAAAUCUAAUUAGUCCAACUAGAAAAAUCUAUAAAUUUACAUUAUCUGUGUGUGUGCAAUCAAGCAAAAACCGAGGGGACAAGUGUGAGUUUAUGUGAGGAACAGAACGAGCUUAAAAAGAGGACAAACAAAUGAGAGAACAUGAGAAGAAUACUGCGAGCAAAACAAAUGGCGAAAAAACGUGCCUUUGGAGCUUGUAAAGCACUAAUUUAUAAACCAUAUGCUCAAAAAUUGUUUUAAGUAACAAUACCGGCGUGUCUGGCAAGGAUAAAAAUUGCAGCAUUCGAAUAUUUGCACAUGUUGGCUGAAGAUAUGGGUUAUAAAGCGAAUGGGGAGAGUGGUCAUAACGGCAAAGGUCGUAUUGAUAGUCGUGGGGCAGGGGACGACGACGAUGGGGCGGAUGAAGAAGAGAGUAGCACGUUUUAUGAGGCAGUCAGUGAACCGGAUCUUUGCUUAGAUGCUCUUAAAAUAACGAAUGACGUCACGUCUGUAAACAAAAUUACGUCGAGUGCUGCUGAUUAUGGAGAUGGUGCAGAAGAGGCUGAGGGUGCACGUUGCUUACCACAGGCGACAGAUGUUAUUGACACCGAAUCUGCUUCGGCAUUGGUUUCGGAUACGUCAGUGGUGAUCUGCAACGCCACUGACGUUGACACCAGUUGCACUCUGUUUGUAGGUGACCAGCGGGUGGAAAAUGGGGAAAGUAAAGAGUCGUUUUUUGAAGAAAAUUUUACAACACGGCCGAAACGAAAUAAGAAUUUAAAAGAUUUGAAUAGAAUAAAUCAAACAAUAAUGUCUGAUGAUCAACAACAACAGAAACAACGUCAACAGACACUGCUUACAACAAAAUCGUGUGAGACCCCUGCGACUGCUUCAAUCUCACCAACUAAUUCGCACAGCGACAGCGGAAGUGUGGGUGGUGGUGCUCGCCGCAAGUCAUGGACACUUUCGCCACAGAGUGGUGACUCCACACCACAAAGCGGUGCAAAGAAAAAAAUUAAAACAGUAAGCGUAAAAUCUCCAACGGCGGCAGUGUCAUCAGUAGCUGGCACGGAAAACUUGAACUUAUGGGUUGCACGUGAAUGCUAUGAAACCGUUCCGGCCGAAACAGUUUAUGAAGUAGAAGAUGAUAUUGUAGCUGUGGACGAUGAGGAGGCCGCUGUCGAAAGCUUACUUGGUGCAGCAGCUGCUUUCCAGCCUAACACAACCAGUAAAACAGUGCAGCGUCGGCAAAAACAUCUACGACAACCGCAACAUAGGCCCUUAGAACGCUCUUGGCCUCCCAGAGCUUUUGGUAAAGAUUUGAACUUGCAAGGUGAUGUAUUCAAAUUUGAUAUACUCGACACGGAUGAACGGAUUGAUGUGUAUGGUGGAAUUGGAAGCGGCUCCGCUGAUGGAUUUAGUAGCGCUACAAGCAGUACAAAUAAUUCGCCACUACUACUCCUAAACAAUGCUGCCCCUUCAUCCACUAGCCCGCAAUAUGAUCUGCCUUCUGGAACGAUAUCUCAGGCGCCGGUCAAAUUUAAGCCAUUAAUUAAGAAAAAGAUUGGUCCUGAUAGCUAUAUAAACACAAUUACAACAAAAAAGGUGUCAGCUUCAGAAACUUAUGAAUUCCCGACAUUCCCGGUAAAAGACAAUGCGUCGGCUGGUAUAGGAAACGCAUCGCCAGUUAAUCAAUUUCCAUACAUACGCCAGCAUCGGCCACUAACGCGCGCCUUGUCAAAUGGGAAAGGCCCCGCACCAUGUAAUGCGAUUAACUAUGAUGAUUUGGGUGCUGGCACUACGCAUUCGCCACGUUUAUUGCUCUCUCCCAAACGUCAACGCAGUCCACCUUCCGGUUGUUCGACACGCAGUGCAUCACCUUUGGAUGUUAUCAUAAGUCCGGAAACAAGUUCGCCUUCUACGCCACAAACUCAGUUUAAAUUUGUUUCGAGUGUCGUUGGUAGUGGUGCGCCAUCGUCGCCUGCAACGCAUAUACGGCCUCAACAGAGGCUGUUAAAACGUGUUGGUGGUGGUGCCGGAGCGAAUCUUGUAUGUCCACCAACCCCCACACAUCAUGCUCGACGCCAGCAACGCUUACAAUCUAACGCUUCUGCAUUUGCAGCACAUGCUGAUAAUUCAUUUUCUGUUGCCGCGACACCAUAUGCAACACCCAACAAUACCAACCAAGGCGAGUACAACUUAGCGAUUAUUCCAAGGUCGCCACCUAUAGCCUUUGGGCCUGCCGUAGGGGGCGAAAUAACUGUCGCAUCGGCGGAAAACCACACGUUUGACUCGGGCUUAGAAGAAUCACUUGACACUAGCGGCGCAACAAAUGAAGCCUGCAGUACACGCCUACCUUCAAUCCCUGAGCGGGGGACCGCUGCUGGCUUUCUUCAGGGCAGCGCUGUUUUCGGUGAAGGCGAAACUGCGACAGAGCCCUUGCCCCCGGCAUGGGAGGCGCGUAUGGAUAGUCAUGGACGUAUUUUCUAUAUUGAUCAUACGACACGUACAACGUCGUGGCAACGCCCCGGCACGAAUGGUGGUGUAACCCUAAAUGGGGCAGGACGUGAGCACCAUCAUCGCCAGCAAUUGGAUAGACGCUAUCAGUCCAUUCGACGUACUAUUACCAGCGAAAACCGACUAUCGAAUGCUUCCGUUUUUAGUGCGAACGAUAGUUCCGGUUGCAAUAACACUGCCAGUCCAUUUGCAAAUGCUCUCCAUAACAAUCAAACCGCAGCUAAUAAUAGCAAUCAACAAAUGCUUAAUCUUUCUGUACACCCAGCUGUUGUUAUGCUCUGUCGCCCGGACUUUUACUCCAUGCUGCAUACAAACGAAGACGCUUUAUCGAUAUAUAAUCGAAAUCCGGCACUAAAACAUAUGAUUAUACGUAUACGCCGCGAUCCGCAGUGUUUUCAACGUUACCAAUACAACAAGGAUUUGGUGGCAUUAGUAAAUACAUUCGCUCAGCUUAAUCGCGACUUGCCCUCAUGCUGGGAGACCAAACUCGAUCAAUCCGGCAAACAGUUCUUCAUCGAUCACAAUAACCGUAAGACGUCAUUCAUGGAUCCACGCUUACCGAUCGAAAGUGCACGCGUAGUUCGUCAAAGGCAUCAACAUCCUUCACAUCAGUCACCACAACUUUCAUCACAUUUUUCACAUGCACACCAUCAACACCUACACUUACAUCCACACCAACCGCAACAAUAUCAACAACAAAGUUCUCAUUUUGAUGUUUUUGAUGGGAAUUGCAUGUCUUCCUCUGGUGUGCCGCCACUGCCACCUCCUAGGCCGGUUAGUACUGCACGUACCGGACCAAACGGGGCAAUAGGUGGCGCCAGUGGAGGUGCUGUUGGUAAUUACGAGCAGUACAACGAGGUGCCUGUAGCUUAUAAUGAAAAGGUGAUAGCGUUUUUGCGUCAACCAAACAUUUUGGAAAUUUUGCGUGAACGACAUGGCCAGAAUACAGUUUCGCGAUCUUUACGUGAGAAAAUUAAUAUUUUACGUGUGGAAGGUGUGCCAGCUUUGGAGAGAUUAGGUCAUGAUUUGCAGCUGACCAUUCUACUAAGUCUUUUCGAACAGGAGAUUAUGAGCUAUGUUCCUAUUGAAGAACGCAGUCCACAGGGUUCUCCGGUGCUCAACUCUCGCAUGCCACAGCGUGCCCCGCCACCAUUCCGGCGUGAUUUCGAAGCCAAAUUGCGCGGAUUCUACCGCAAACUGGAGUCGAAAGGUUACGGACAAGGUCCACACAAAUUGAAAUUACACAUUCGACGCACACAUCUGCUGGAGGAUGCUUUCCGGCGUAUAAUGUCUGCCAAUAAGAAAGAUCUGCAGCGCGGACGUCUUGCUGUUCUAUGGGAUACUGAGGAGGGCUUGGAUUAUGGCGGCCCGUCAAGAGAAUUCUUCUUUCUGCUCUCGCGCGAGCUGUUCAACCCCUACUAUGGACUAUUUGAGUAUUCAGCAAAUGAUACGUACACCGUGCAAGUUUCACCGCUAUCGGCAUUUGUGGACAAUUGUCACGAUUGGUUCCGGUUCGGCGGCCGUGUAUUGGGCUUGGCACUCGUACAUCAAUACCUAUUGGAUGCCUUCUUUACACGCCCAUUUUACAAGGCGUUGCUGCGUUUGCCCGUCGCGCUGAGUGAUCUGGAAUCGCUCGACAAUGAGUUUCAUCAAUCGUUGCAGUGGAUACGUGACAAUGACAUCGGCACCGGCAUCGAUCUUGGUCUAACGUUUUGCGUCACCGAAGAGUUGUUGGGACGUGUGGUGGAGCGUGAAUUGAAAGCCGGCGGUAAGAAUAUUAUUGUUAAUGAGAAAAAUAAAAAAGAAUAUUUGGAACGCAUGAUUAAGUGGCGUUUGGAGCGUGGUGUGCAAGAGCAAACGGAAUCGUUGGUGCGUGGCUUUUAUGAGGUGGUCGAUGCGCGCCUUGUUUCCGUUUUUGAUGCACGCGAAUUGGAGUUGGUGAUUGCCGGUACGGCGGAAAUUGAUAUUAACGAUUGGCGUCUGAACACCGAAUACCGUUCGGGCUAUCAUGAUAAUCAUCAGGUGAUCAUUUGGUUUUGGCAAGUCAUUGAGAAAUUCACCAACGAGCAACGUUUGCGUCUAUUGCAAUUCGUCACCGGCACCUCGAGUAUACCGUAUGAAGGCUUUUCGGCACUGCGUGGCUCAACGGGACCACGACGCUUCUGCAUCGAAAAGUGGGGCAAACCGAACGCUUUGCCGCGUGCGCACACCUGCUUUAAUCGCUUAGAUUUACCGCCUUAUCCGACACCCGAGCUGCUCUAUGAGAAGCUGCUGUUGGCCGUAGAAGAGACGAAUACGUUUGGCAUAGAAUAGAAAUGCAUAGUGUGUGUAUGUGUGUGUAGAUGUGCUAUGAUAUACAGUAGCGUUUAGGGGACUAGAGUCAGUCGCAAGUUCAUCUUAAUGAAUUAAGUUAAUUUAUUGAAAUCGUUGAUAAAAACGAAAGAAAAGUGAUAUUUUUAAUUACAAAUAUUUAUUUAUUUUCACAUUUACAUACUUACAUACUAUUUUUUAUAUUUAAAUAUUAUAGUUAUUUAAUAUAUUGUGACCAGGUCUGUUGUUUUUUCGUAGUUAAGAAAUAAUCGAAGUCAUUAUUAUUUAUUGACGUUAUGGAUUAACGGUUCUUUUUAUAUCGAUGAAACAAGUGUUUACAACAAAAGCAAUAAUCCCAGUAUUUCCCCUUUUUUUUAUUAUUAUUAUUGAAACUUUAUGUCGUGCAUGCUUUGAAUUGCAUUUAAAACCAAGAAAUUAACUGUCGACAACAAAGUAACAAAACUUAUUAAAUCACGUGUGAUUAGAACUGUGCGAUUAUUUUUUUGUGCAAACUUUGAUUAAAACACGGCUUAGAAAUUUUAUGAAAAUUAACGGUAUAAAAAAUUCUCGAUGAAGAAUUAAAAAU